AUGGACGAAACAGAGCCGACCCUGCCAGAUUUGUGUAAAAAAAUAAUCAACACGCAUAAUAACUAUAUUGAUAAGACAACUCUAUAUGUAAAAACAAGAUGGUUUGGUUUAUUGGGGUUAUUUAUUUUAUACGUUCUUAGGGUAUAUUACGUGACGGGUUUUUACGUAGUGUCAUAUGCGCUAUCGAUUUUUUUACUAAACUUAUUUUUGCGAUUUUUAACCCCCCACAAUAUAGAAGAAAUAUAUGAGCAGUAUGAAAAUGAAAAUAACGGUUUAUUACUCCCCAUGAAACAAACGAAUGAACGAAAAAAUGAGAACAAUCCUGAUGAUAAGAAAGAGUUUAGGCCAUUUUUACGAAAACUGAACGAAUUCAAAUUCUGGCUGUAUGCCAGUAGAGCUAUUUUGAUAUCAAUAUUUUGUACCUUUUUUCCCUUUAUGGACAUACCAGUAUUUUGGCCCCUAUUACUUUUUUACUUCAUAUGCUUAUUUUUUGCAACUAUGAAGCAGCAGAUAAAAAAUAUGAUCAAGUUUAAGUAUUUGCCGUUUAACACAGCUACCAAACAGACGUACGGUUCUGUGGCUCGCGGAAAUAAAAUCAGCAGAUAG